AUGGACGAGGACGAGGAAAAUCAUCAUCCACGAGAACAAAAACAAAUGGUACAUAAAGAAGAGGCGGUAAUGUCGGUGGAUUCGGACGGGUUUGAAAUUAUCGCGAAUCGCGACGACGCUUUUAAGGCGGACGCGUCGUCGUCGUUGAAGAAUAAGAAGCAAAAAGAGAAGAACGCGGAAGAGGAGGAGGAGAAAAGACGCAUAAAAGAGGAGAAGAAAUCAGAGUCAGAGCGAUUGAAGCAAAAGAAGGAAAAGGAGAAGGAAAAACGAGCGGAGGAGAAAGAGACGAAGAAGCGAGAACGCGAGAAGGAGAUGGAGGAGAAACGUUUGAAACGCGAGAAGGAGACGGAGGAGAGAGAGAAGAAGAGGAAAGAGCGCGAGAAGGAGAUGGAGGAGAAGCGUUUGAAACGAGAGGAAGAGAAGCGAGCGAGAGAGGAGAAGAAGAGGCGAGAGCAGGAGGACAAGGACAGGAUUGAAGAGGAGAAGCAAAAGGAGAAAGAACGGUUGGAGGCUCUGAAGCGGAAGCAGAGCGAAAAGUUGCUCGGGUUUUUCAAGCAAAAGUCGCCGAAGAAGAUGCAGAAAACGUCCUCGGCUUUGGAUGUUGUGGCGUCGCCGAGUAAGAAGCACGUCGUGGAGAAGUUGGACGAAGAGUUGUUCAAUAAGUCGAAGGCUUUGGAGGUGGACGUCGUUCAAAGUUGGCUGAUGACGUUGAAAAAGUUUAAAGCGGAAAGAAGAAUGAAGAAAGAAAAUACGGAGACGACGAUGCGACACUGGAAUGCCCGCGUGCAUGUUUCGCCGAAAGAUUUCGACCCGUUUCGCGCCAAAUCGAGUUCUCCCGAGGACGGCGACGACGACGAGGUUCAAAUCAUCAAGGACGAUGGUGGCGACGUGCAAAUCGUCGAUGCGCCGGAAAUAACAACGGCAAAGGACAAAGGGCUUAAACGAUACAAGAAGUAUUACAGUUUUGCGUCGUACGAGAUGAAUUAUCACGAGCGAUUACCGUGGUACGGUUAUGGCUUGCCUCCGGGACGACCGACGUUGUCUCAACCUUUCGUUAAAAAAAUGGCGCGAAACUAUCGCAGAAAGUGCGACGAGGUCGAUUACGGCUGUGAUUCAGGCGGCGAGGAUUACGAGUACGAAUCUGAGGGCGAAGAUAUCAUGGACGAUGGGGAUGAUUUAGACGAGGAGGACGAAGAUUUAGCCGACGAAGAAGACGAGGAGGAGGAUGGACAAGAGUUUUUCAUCCCCGAUACGCGAAUUAUCCGGGGCGAGUUUGGCCAAGACGACGAAGAAGAGAAUCUCGACGCCAUCCGAAGAGAAGAUUCAGGUGAUGCGACUUCUAUUGAUCCGAGUACACCCACGUACGUGUCGAAAUCAAAAGCGCGACGGACGGUUCAACAGUGGGUCGGAGAAGCGAAGAAGCAAAGGAAAACGCUCGUAGUCACAUCGCUCGCGGGUUCCUCUGAAGACGGUAUCACGCAAGAUGCUGAUGGUGUUGUACUAAAAGGUUUCGAGAUUAUUACACGCACGAUGAAGGGUAUCAUCAUAUGCGGCGUCGAUUAUGAAGAAGCAAAGAAAAAAAUCGAGGACGAAGCCGAACGCGCGAAGCUCGAACAAAAGAAAAUGAAAGCAAAAGAAAAGAAAGCGGCAAAGGAAGAAACGAAAGAACAAAACGAUGCCGCUAAAAAUGAAAUUAUUAGCAACAACACGGAAUUCGGUAAAACAACUUUCGUGACGCAAGAAGGAUUAGACAAGCUGUUCAAGAUGAACAACGCUGGUACUAAGCGGAUGUUAGAUGCGUGGGUCAAACCCAAAGAUGAUAAACUCGCGGUGGAGGAGACCGAGAUUUUGGAGAUGCCGGCAGUUCCCGAAAGCACAGAUUCUGAAAUUUGGGAAUCGUUUAGAAAUAAAUUGCUCGAAACGAACGCGGGAACUAAUCCAAGUCCUUUGGGAAAGUACGCGCUAUGGUUUGAUGCGGAUCAGAUGGACGUCACCGGUGCCGUUGUUAGACAAAUGCCGACGAAUAUUGCAAAGUUAAUCGCGAAACUCACCAGUCAAGCGGGGCGGCCGCAAGUUGCCCGCGUUGAACUUUUCAACGCGAUGACGAAAAUCAUAAGUAUUACGCGCGACAUGUAUCUUCGGUUAGAGACAGGCAUUACCUUUGCCAACGGCAUGGAAGCUUUGCCAAUAAAGAAAGCGGCGCCGAUGCCGGUCUUGCUCGAAGAAGCUGCCACCGCACCUUCCAUUAAAAAUAUGGUCGCGAGUAUUUUCUCUUCGCCAGAUACUUCGCGCGCGUUGAGAGACGCAGCUUUUGCACUCGUGUGGGAGUGUGUCGUCAAUAUGGCACAUCUCGACCCCGCGAGGCAGAUGUGGAGAAACGACAUUAUAAGAAACGUAUGUCACGAGAAGAACUUUCUCGACGCGGCUGCUUCGUAUUUUCUUAACUCAUCGAAAGGUGAACAACACAACUACGAACAAGCAAAAGCUAUGCAGAUAGCAAAUGAAAUCACGAAAGGCGCGUUGUGUGAUACGUUUUGUGUAAUGCGCUCACUCGAAGCCAGUCGUCUGGCUUUGGCGCUCUGUGAUUUUGUUUCGCACACUUUCGGCGACGACGGCGGAUUGAAAAGUACAAAUUUAGAGGAUUUCAGCGCCAACGGAAAAGAGUACACGCUCGCUUUUCGAACCUUACCAGAAGCGAUAAAAGCGAUUUCGAACAUGGUAACGUCGUGUCCCAACGUUUUCGAAUCUUCGAAGGUUUGCGAAGGCAUCGAGAAAACGGGCAAGUUCGUAUCCAGACUUACUGCAAUUUUUGGCCCUUCUGGUUUUUCUUCUGAAACGAAAAGGCUCACGGAAGACGCGGUGAAUGUUUUAAAGAGCGCUGUUGGUUUUGGCACCGAGAAAAGAAGCGGCGAUUGCUUGAUCAAGGCGCUCGGUGAUUGUGGCGACGUCAUUGUAACGUUGAGUCUGUUUAAUCAUCCGACGAUAACGGAAGUCAAAGACUUUGUACAAAAGCGCAUGGAAAACAUUCGCGAGAACAAAGCCAUCCUCGAAGAAGUAGGAAUUGAUCAGUAA